AUGUACGAUGUCGCGCAGGUUGGAGGAGAGCGUGGGAAGAGGUGGCGGUGGUGGCAGCAAGACGUUAUUGUUGUCGUGCUCGAAUUGCCUAGUUCGUGGUCGGACGGAGGUUGGUCGAGGGUGAGGAAGGAGCAACUGACCAAGGAAUGUGCGAGAAAGCGACGGGGAGCGGGCGGUAGUGGCUUUUGGCUGGCGGUGGCAGGGGAACUAGAGUGGACCAGGACAUGA